AUGGCGUUGCUCUUGGGGCUCAACCAGAAGGAGGACGAGCCCCUCUCCCACUUUGUGAACCGAUUUACAACACAAAUUCAUGGAUUAUCGGAUGCUCACCCCUCUCUCUUGAUGCAAGCCUUCAUGAUUGGCCUGCGGCCCUCCAGGUUCUUCUGGUCGCUGGUGGAGCGGCCCCCCGUCGCGGUCCCCGAGAUGCUCCAACGUGCCUGUCAGUUUAUCGCCGCGGAAACCUGGAUGGCUGGAAAGCGGGAGGAGCACAAAAAGGUCAAGUCAGAACUGCCCCGACAGCAACAACCUACCGCCUCCCAGCGAAAGUUGGACAUACCUGACCCGAGGCCUCCUCUUCCCGCCUUGAAUUCUUCCCGGACUGAAAUAUUCCUACACGAGAGAGGGAAGGGGCUGCUCAGGGACCCUCACCCAAUGAAGAACCCGCGGGAGCUCGCAGACCGUUCAAAGUAUUGCCGAUUCCAUCGACAACAUGGGCACGACACUGAGCAGUGCUACGAGUUGAAGAGACAAAUCGAGGAGCUCAUCCUCAGAGGUCAUCUCGGCCAGUACCUCUGGCCGAACAAGGAGCAGUCACCUCGCCCAGAGGGCCCUGUCGAGCGACACAUCGAUGUCAUAGCCGGAGGCCCCGCAUCCGGAGGAAGUUCCAUGUCGGGCAGGAAGGUGUACGUCCGGUCCGCUCCCGACAAAGCCUCGGGACACGAGCCCGAGCCCGAGAUCACCUUCCCAACCGGAGCUGCUGAGCGACCCGACCACGACGACGCCUUGGUGAUAUCGGCCAAGGUAGCCAACGCACAAAUGAGGAGAAUCAUGGUCGACACGGGAAGCUCGCCCGACAUACUCUACUUCGGUGCCUUCCAGAAGCUGGGCCUGGCCAGGGAAAAUUUAAGCCCAAUCUGCUCGGCGCUCACCGGCUUCACGGGAGAUUCAAAAUCGCCCCUGGGAGCCAUUACCUUGCCUCUGACUGUGGGGACCCCGCCGAGAUCGAAGACCGUAAUGACCACUUUCCUGGUGGUCGACCUUCCCACCGCUUACAAUGCCAUACUCGGUCGACCGACCCUCAACAAGGUCAGAUCCGUCGUCUCGACCUACUACCGGACCGUCAAAUUCCCGACUCGCGAGGGGGUCGGGGAAGUCACUGGAAGCCCCCGAGAGUCCAGGCGCUGCUACCUUACCUCCGUCUCAUUGGGCAAGAGAACCAGGGCCGAGGCGCCCCUGGAAGAUCCGCGAGAAGCGAAGAAACUGGCUCCUCACCCCGAGCCGAGGGGAUCCACUAUUGACGUUCCUUUACAAGAAGCGCGGCCGAACCAAACGGUUAGGGUCGGAUCGGAACUACCCGAAUGGGAACGGGAACAGCUCGUCGGUCUUCUACGGGAAAAUGCCGACAUCUUCGCCUGGUCCCCAUCGGACAAGGGGGGGUCGACCCAGAGGUCGCGGAGCAUCAUCUCAAUAUCCCACCUAAUGCUCGCCCAGUGA